AUGGAAUUCUGGGCUUCUGUGUUGAUAGUCCUGGUGACCACUGUCCUGGUAGCGUUGUAUAGGCUCGGGGCCUUGCGCCAGAGGAGAGUUGGAGAGCUCUCUCUGGACAGAGGCCUCAUCCCUUGGCUGGGCUAUGCUUGGGACUUUUGUAAGGAUGCCUCCCACUUCCUGAAGAAGAUGCAAGAACGUCAUGGGGACAUCUUCACUGUUCAGUUUGCCGGCCAAUACAUCACCUAUGUCACAGAUCCUUUGUCUUUUGAUGCCAUUCUGAAGGAGGACAGAAGCAAGCUGGAUGGUUCUGAGUUUGCAUCUGAGUUGUUGUUCAAAAUCUUUGGUAUCAGAAAACUGAAAAAUCAAGGAGAAAUGAUAAUGAAUAACACCCGCAAGUACUUGAUGGGUACUGGUUUGGUUGGUAUGACCCAGGUCAUGAUGGAUAGCCUGAAGGUCCUGAUGCUAGAAGCUGAUGCUGGUAUGAGACCAAGACCCCAGGAGUGGAAGCAGGAUGGGCUAUUUCAAUACUGCUACAACACUGUCUUCAGAGCUGGUUACCUAGCAGUAUUUGGGAACUUACCUACUCAUGGUAAGGCAGGCCAUGCUCAGGACCUCCUCCAAUCUCAAAAAGUCUAUGAGGAAUUCAGGAAAUUUGACAUUCUCUUUCCCCGGGCAUGUUUCUCAGCACUCUUGCCUAAGGAGAGGCAAGAAAUGAGGAGACUCAAACACUUCUUCUGGGAUGUUCUCUCUCCACAGCAUAUCAUGGAGAAGGAUAAUGUAAGUGAACGGACCCAUAACCUUCAGCGGAAGCUGGCUGACAAGGGAGUGCCUGAGAUUGGACAGAGCAAGUAUUAUCUGAUAUUGCUUUGGGCUUCCCAGGGCAACACAGGUAUUGUGUCCUUCUGGGCCCUUCUCUUCCUCCUGAAGAAUCCCCAGGCUCUGAAGGCUGUGAGGGAGGAGGCAGAAAGAGUCCUCAGGAAAAUGGGGCAAGAGAUAAGACGUGGGGUGCCCAUCACUGUUGAGUAUAGUAUGCUGCAGCAGACCCCAGUGCUGGACAGUGUCAUGGAAGAGACAUUAUGCCUGGUGGUUGCCCCUAUCCUGACCAGGAUGGUCAUGGAGGACAUGAUCCAGAGAAUGGAUGAUGGCAGGGAGUAUGCCCUCCACCAGGGAGAUAAAGUGUCCAUCUUCUCCUACCCUUUUUUCCAUAUGGAUCCAGAAAUCUACCCAGAUCCCACUACAUUCAAAUAUGACCGUUUCCUGAACCCUGAUGGCAGCAGAAAAGUAACUUUCCACAAGAAAGGAAAAAGGAUCAAAUCUCACAUGUUGUCAUGGAGUGCUGGCCCCUCCAUCUGUCCUGGGAGGUUCUUUGCCCUCAAUGAGAUGAAGAUGUUUGUGUUCCUGAUGGUCACACAAUAUGACAUAGAGUUAGUUGAUCAGGAGGUAAAGAUCCCUUCAAUAAACAUGAAGAGAUGUGGAAUUGGUGCCAUGCAGCCAGUACAUGAUGUACAGUUCCAAUAUUGA